AUGUCGACCAGUGACGCUCCACCAGCUUAUACACCCUUUCAACAUGCUUGUGUUUCGUUGAAUAUGAGCGAUCGUCUCCGUUUGAUACGAUUUCCACCAGCGAUCAUUGAUAUUGUCCGACAAGCAAUCAUUGAAAGUUGGUCACGCGGUAUACACAAAGAAAAACAAGAAGCGGACUUCUACGAAUUUAAACUUCAUGGAAAUCCUUGGUGGGGUCAAGGAGAAGAAGCGGUGCCGUCUCGAACAUUAGUAAUCUAUGUUCUGUCAGCUUUACAUAAUCGAGGUUGGUUUUUAUUAUCAUCGACGGACAUUUCGAAGAAAGCUUUGGAUAAAGAUUGUCUGAUUUUCCAACUUGGACCACCUCCGAAGCAAACAUCGUUUUUCUCUGUUGCAUUUGAUGAUUACGAUAAACUACGAUUAAUUAAUGUUCCACCCGAAUUGAUUCCAGCAGUUAGACAAUCGCUCGGCCAAGAAAUUAUUCAACGAGAAGAAUGGCGUGACGGUGGCCAUGCUUAUCAAUUCAAAUUACGAGGUAACCCUUGGAUAAGUAAUGGUGAAGAUGCAACAAAUACACGAUUGAGAUUACUCUCUCUACUCGAUUGUUUUAUUCAGUAUGGUUGGGUAUUGCACGCGAGUAUCGACAUUAGUCAAGGUCAUGAAGGGAGAGAUGUCGAUUCUUGGUUUCUUCGCCGAGAUAAGUAA